CCCUUCAUGUCCUGGGAGUGCGGGUUGUUGGGCCUUCCCAGAGCACGGCGACCUUGUCCGCAGGAAGGACUGGCGGCUUGUAUGCGCUUCGGCGUAUGCACUUUCGAAAUAUUUCCCUGUCCUGCUUUGGCCCUCGGGCUGGGCAGGCUUUUUUUUCCAUUCUUUCGCAGUCCUAACCCUAACCCUAUA